AUGUCUUUUCAUAGGCGCCGGUGCACGCGGCAGCACCCCGCCGUCGCGGCGGCGCUGUUGUGCGCCGCCGCGGUUUUGACGUUUAUCUGCGUGGGUGUGCACUCUGCAUCCGAUGAGGCGGGCACCCUCGACUGCUCCGUCCCCGUCCCGAACUACUCUGCCGCCGAGCAGCAGCAUACUCGCAUGUUUCUAGACGCCAUCAAGGCGACCAUCCCCGCCUUGGCUUCUGUGUGGACAUGCGACAAUUUCUGCGCGCACGAGGGCGUGGAGUGCACAGAGGCCGGCUUGCAUGUGCGUCUCAACGUCAACGACCUCAUCGGCAACCUCCCUGAAAUACCUGAGGGCGUUAUCGGAUCAUCUGUUGUGGUAACGAAGCUCACCUUCUCCGGCGACAUCAACAACUUGAAGGGCACGCUACCUGUAAGCUGGCAUCAACUAACCGCGCUCUCCUCGCUGGUGUUCAUCUCUACGGGCAUCACAGAUACGCCGCCAGAGAUGCGGGGAACUUCAAUCGAGAGCCGUGUGACGACACAUGAUGCCGGGUUCGUCCCGGCGGCAUGGGCGACUACCACCCCGCGUAGAAGCUCUCUGCCUGUCUCUCGGGUAUCGGACAAUAUGGUAGGCUCUCCGCACUCCGCAUGGGCAGGGGCCAGCAGGAUGGAAAGGGAUUAUCUACAGAACAAAGCUAGUGGAAGAAGUCUUCCCGAGGAGUGGGGCAACCUGAUCAACAUUAAGGUUCUCAACUUAACGAACCUUAAUCUUUCCGGAACACUUCCGGCUUCCUGGGCUUCCUUGCAGCGGCUUGAGCAACUCCACGCUGCGAACAACUUACUUACAGGUACCCUCCCAGCGUCUUGGGGGAGUCUGAAGAAGUUGUUUGACCUCCAGUUGAUAGGUAACAAGUUCACUGGUACUAUUCCGCAAGAAUGGGGUGAGAUGACUGCACUCCAGAGAGUCUCUCUUCAGCUCGACUACUGUACCUGCAUCCCAGAAAGCUGGAUAGCGCGGAAAGUGGAAGUUAGACUAUACUCCACCGUUCUCGGUAGCGACUGUGAAAUUACCUCAGACUGCAGCUCGAGCAGCAGCAGCCCUGGACUGGAGUGUGAUGGCCCCGUUCCGUUUUACACACCAAGUCAGCAAAUGCACACGCGCAAUUUCCUUGAGGCGUUCAAGUAUACAAUCACAGACUUGCAGCCGCUGUGGACGUGCACGAACUUCUGUGUCUGGGAGUAUGUGCACUGCACGCCUGCAGGUGUGGCAUUGGAGAUUACUGGAACACAGUUUUUCGGUUCUGUUCCGGAGGUGCCUGCGGAUGUGAACCCGUCGGAGGUGGUGGUAACCAAGCUUGAUUUCAGCCAUAGCGAGUGGGUGGAGGGCGACUAUCCCAGUAGCUGGGCCUUGCUGACGUCCCUGGAGAACGUAUCCUUUGCAUAUACGUCGAUGUGGGGAACGCUGCCCUCCCGCUGGAGCUCCAUGUCCGCGCUGAAGUACCUCGAUUUGAGCUUCACGUGGACAGACGGUAGGUUUCCCGAGAGCUGGAGCCGCUUAGCGAACCUGGAGGUACUCCGAUUGGUGCACCUCACAAUUCCAGAUCACCUGCCAGCCUCGUGGAGCAGCAUGAGAGCAUUGCAGGAGCUCGACCUCGACAGCACCGGCGCUUCAGGCACACUACCCCCCUCGUGGGGCGCCCUCACGAACCUCGAGAUUCUAUCCCUAUCCAACAACAACCUUGACGCCACCUUACCAGGAGAGUGGAGCUCGCUAACGCAACUGCGAACCCUGCAUCUGCAUGAUAACCAGCUUUCCGGGACGAUCCCAGAAACCUACAAUGCUAUGAUCACCCUCACCCGCGUCAGCCUGGAGGUCAACCGAUUCUGCGGCUGCCUCCCGAGCACGUGGGCCGAUAAGAAUGGUGUGUCUAUGAUGAUCACCGCUCAACCGGAGCUACUCGCUUCUGACUGCGCGACUGAAAACGCUUGCAAGCCAGAGACUGAAAGUAGCAGCUCCGCGCCGUCGGCGUCCUCGUCGUCUGCGUCGUCCAGCAGCAGCUCCGCGCCGUCGGCGUCCUCGUCGUCUGCGCCGUCCAGCAGCAGCUCCGCGCCGUCGGCGUCCUCGUCGUCUGCGCCGUCCAGCAGCAGCUCCGCGCCGUCGGCGUCUUCGUCGUCUGCGCCGUCCAGCAGCAGCUCCGCGCCGUCGGCGUCUUCGUCGUCUGCGCCGUCCAGCAGCAGCUCCGCGCCGUCGGCGUCUUCGUCGUCUGCGCCGUCCAGCAGCAGCUCCGCGCCGUCGGCGUCUUCGUCGUCUGCGCCGUCCAGCAGCAGCAGCUCCGCGCCGUCGGCGUCCUCGUCGUCUGCGCCGUCCAGCAGCAGCUCUGCGCCGUCGGCGUCUUCGUCGUCUGCGCCGUCCAGCAGCAGCAGCUCCGCGCCGUCGGCGUCCUCGUCCUCUGCGCCGUCCAGCAGCAGCUCCGCGCCGUCGGCGUCUUCGUCGUCUGCGCCGUCCAGCAGCAGCAGCUCCGCGCCGUCGGCGUCUUCGUCGUCUGCGCCGUCCAGCAGCAGCUCCGCGCCGUCGGCGUCUUCGUCGUCUGCGCCGUCCAGCAGCAGCUCCGCGCCGUCGGCGUCUUCGUCGUCUGCGCCGUCCAGCAGCAGCAGCUCCGCGCCGUCGGCGUCUUCGUCGUCUGCGCCGUCCAGCAGCAGCAGCUCCGCGCCAUCGGCGUCUUCGUCGUCUGCGCCGUCCAGCAGCAGCAGCUCCGCGCCAUCGGCGUCCUCGUCGUCUGCGCCGUCCAGCAGCAGCAGCUCCGCGCCGUCGGCGUCUUCGUCGUCUGCGCCGUCCAGCAGCAGCUCCGCGCCAUCGGCGUCUUCGUCGUCUGCGCCGUCCAGCAGCAGCCCCGCGCCGUCGGCGUCCUCGUCGUCUGCGCCGUCCAGCAGCAGCUCCGCGCCAUCGGCGUCCUCGUCGUCUGCGCCGUCCAGCAGCAGCUCCGCGCCGUUGGUGUCCUCGUCGUCUGCGCCGUCCAGCAGCAGCAGCUCCGCGCCAUCAGCGUCCUCGUCGUCUGCGCCGUCCAGCAGCAGCAGCUCCGCGCCGUCGGCGUCCUCGUCGUCUGCGCCGUCCAGCAGCAGCAGCUCCGCGCCGUCGGCGUCCUCGUCGUCUGCGCCGUCCAGCAGCAGCAGCUCCGCGCCGUCAGCGUCCUCGUCGUCUGCGCCGUCCAGCAGCAGCUCUGCGCCGUCGGCGUCUUCGUCGUCUGCGCCGUCCAGCAGCAGCUCCGCGCCGUCAGCGUCCUCGUCGUCUGCGCCGUCCAGCAGCAGCAGCUCCGCGCCGUCGGCGUCCUCGUCGUCUGCGCCGUCCAGCAGCAGCUCCGCGCCGUCAGCGUCCUCCUCGUCUGCGCCGUCCAGCAGCAGCUCCGCGCCGUCGGCGUCCUCGUCGUCUGCGCCGUCCAGCAGCAGCUCCGCGCCGUCGGCGUCCUCGUCGUCUGCGCCGUCCAGCAGCAGCUCCGCGCCGUCAGCGUCCUCGUCGUCUGCGCCGUCCAGCAGCAGCAGCUCCGCGCCGUCAGCGUCCUCGUCGUCUGCGCCGUCCAGCAGCAGCUCCGCGCCGUCGGCGUCCUCGUCGUCUGCGCCGUCCAGCAGCAGCUCGUUUUUGUCGGGCAGUGGGAGCGACGGAGGGUGCCACAGCGAUGUUCCGUAUUACACGCCAACGCAAGUGGCGCAUAGCAUGCGGUUUCUGUCUGGGUUUUCCGAGUCGUUUGCGGACGCAAGCGCCACGUGGAAGUGCCCGAACUUCUGCUCAUGGGCGGGGAUAACUUGUAGACCAGAGGGAUUUUCUUUCGAACUAGGUGGUGUGGUAAAGUCGGGGUAUCUACCGAUGGUUCCUGGGGACUGCGAUGGUGUGCAAGUGCCGGUUUUGAGUGUAAGUGCCGGUGGCGCGGAGGGAGGCGUGACUUUGGAGGGCACGUUGCCGUCGUCGUGGAAUCGGCUGCUGUCUCUCAUCGAGCUGGAUUUCUCCUACACGGGCGUCAGCGGUGGGGCACCGUCGGAUUGGUCGGCCUUGGUGAACCUGAAGAAGCUGAAUCUGGGCCACAAUAAGUUGAGUGGUGAACUGCCGGCGGAGUGGAGCGGCAUGGUGGCCAUGGAGGAGCUGUAUCUGAACGACAACAAAUUCAGUGGGAAGUUGCCUUUCGAAUGGUUUAACAUGGAGAAUCUCAAAAUCCUCGAUCUCUCCAACAACGAAUUGGGCGGAUCGGUGCCCGGCUUCAUCGUUUCACUCUCGCGCUCACACGACGUUUCAGCCCUGCUCAAGCGGCUGUUGGCGGUGAGGAAGUAA